CCAAGUUUGUGUUUCCAAAAAAAAAAAAAAAAGUGUUCAUCAACAUCUAACAUUUCUCUGAUCAUCAUGAAACAAGCAGAACCUAGCGCGCCACCGUUAGCAUACGCCAAUCCGGCGCCGACAGCGUAUGCCAAUCCGGGGCCAACGUCGUCUGUGAAUCCGGCGCCAAUAGCGUAUGCUAAUCCCGCCGUUGCGAUCAUCAGCCCUCAUUUCUGCAGUCCUCACCCUGUGGAUAUUGCAAUUGUCAGAAAAGUUCUUACCAUAACAGAUGGAAACUUUGUAGUCACAGAUAUCAAUGAUAAGAUCAUCUUUAAAGUGAAGGGAGUUCGAUGGAGCCGUCAUGAUCGUCGAGUCUUGCUCGAUACUGCCGGAUAUCCUAUUGUCACCCUAAGAAAGAAGUUGAUGAGUGCACAUGAAAGAUGGCAAGUUUUCCGGGGGGAUAGCAAAGACUCAAGGGAUCUGAUUUUUAGUGCCAAGAGAUCUUCACUGCUGCAAUUUAAUACCAAACUGGAUGUUUUCUUAGCACAAAACACAGCAGAGAAUGCACCGGACUUCAGAGUCAAGGGAAGUUGGUUUGAACGAUCUUGUACCAUAUAUGCUGGGAACUCCUCCACAAUCAUUGCCCAAAUGCAUAAGAAGCGAACAGUUGCAAGCAUGUUGAUUGGCAAGGACAAUUUCAUGGUGACAGUGUAUCCCGGGAUUGACUACGCUUUCAUUGUCGCGCUUAUUGUGAUUCUUGAUGAGAUUAAUAGUGAUGAUUAAAAUUAAUAUAAUGGAUAGAUCAGUUGAUUAAUUUAGAUCUACUUUAUACUUUAACUGAGGAAGCAAUGCAUGUUAGUCCCUUUGCCGUUGUGCUUUGUUUGGGCUCUUGCCCUUGCUCGGUUUUGCCUCAUGGUUAUAUUUUUCGAAUUUCGAUGUUGAACAAUUUGAUUUUUUGGUCUUUGUUUAUACAAUGAUAUUUAAACGAGGGUGGAAAAUUCUUUGUCA